CCUGAUAUUGGUGUGCUGGCGGUCACUUUGACAGAAAUGUCAUCGAUGUCAAAAAGUGAUGAACGUUUAUUUUGGAUCUUCGUUUUAUUUUAUUAUUGAGUAAUCAAGAUUAAACGCAAAAUGCCGGCUUUACCCCAGAUACGAAAUUUUAAUUUAAAAGUGAUAUUUUUAUCACAUUUUGUUUUUAUCGCCCUUAGUUCAAUGGGUUUUUGGAGCACUUCAGCCUAUUUAUUUUAUAAUUUCUUUUUUAUUAUUUUCCUGGUAUGGAGCCUUGUUCAACCACAAAAUGAGGAACCCUUGCAAUUGGCCAUUGUCGUAAACGGAGUUUCUAUAUUUUUAGACAUUUUACUAUUAGUAAUGUCUUAUCCAAGCGAUUCACAAUCAGCAAGAGAAAAAUUUUCUGCUGCAAUGUGCAUCCUACAUUUAAUUGUUCGUCCUUUCAGUAGCAUUGUUUUGAUUAAAAAUCUUGAAGAAAGAACGGGAUCCAAUGGGGCGUUAUCAGGUUUAUUUGGGGAAACUCCACAACAAUCUAGUUAUGAAGACAUAGAUAGAAACGUCCCACACACAUCACAAGCAGCAAGCUAUGAUUUUUCAAGUGCCCAACAAAUCUAAUUCGCCCCAAAUAAUAGUUUUUUACACCUUAUAAAAUAUAAGUCACCAAUAUUUACUUAUUAAUGUUAUUUUUGUUUUCAUUUAAUCUUUGUAUAAUAUCGUAAAUAACUAUAACGUUUGUAAUUUGUACAAUAAUAAACUUGUUAUUUCAAAAUC